CAUAAUACCUCGAUCUUUCAAUCACAUUCGCUUAAUCUAUUCAUCACGGUAUAUAUGAUAACAGUCCGCAAACCAUUAGAUGAAUUCGGUAAUAAAUGUGUUUCUUUAUUGAUUUCUAGGUUAACGCCAUUCUCAACAUCAGAAGAGGUCUCUAAGUACGGACUGGACAUCGUGGUUCAAGAUGACGAUCAAACUCUGGUGUCCGACGCAUCGCUCGCUUCUGGCGUCACCAAAUUGCAACCACUAUCACUAUGGGACCAACUAUCCAAAUCGGUGGUGGUUGAAGGAAAUAAUGAUGUGAACUCAAUUCAUGUGGAGCGUUUUAUCUCUUUAACCGAGGGUAUCGUUAUUCCCAUCGGUGACUGCCAAAAUAUACUGAGAUGGCUAGACACUCGUAUUCGACUGCUUGUAUAA